AUGCCUUCCACCAAUGAGGGACAAGGUACGUCCAAAAAUGCAUCAAGUGUUGGGAAUUUAAGAGAAUUUCACUUGAAUAUCACAGACUGGAAUAUCUACAAGGCGAGAUUGAAUAACUAUUUCUCAGCAAACGAAAUUUCCGAUACGAAUAAACAACGGGCGAUCCUAUUGAACAUGUUGGACGAGGAAGCCUAUAAACUAAUAUUUAACAUAUGUAGCCCGGACCUUCCAGAAGAUAAGUCUUACAAUUCGUUACUGGAAUUAUUCGACAAACAUUUCACGCCGAAGAAGUCAGUCUUGGCUGAACGCUAUAAAUUCUUCGCGGCGAAAAAGGAUUCGUAUGAAAAUAUCAAGGAGUGGGCUGCAAGAAUAAGAAGUUUGGCUGUUUCCUGUGAAUUCGGACAAGAACUGGAUAUCUGCCUCAGGGAUCGUUUUGUCUGUGGGUUUGAGAAGGGAGCAAUUUUGGAUAGAUUGCUAGAAGAAAAAAAGGAGAUCACAUUUGAACAAGCGAUCAAUGUGGCGGAAAACAAAAUGGCGGCGUGUCAGAGCUACCAGAUUUCAGGUCUUGAAAUCAAGUCGGAGCCGUUACAUCAUAUACGCAAACGCAAUAACAAGAGUGACGAAGGAAAACGUCAUCAAGCAGAAGGCCAUCAUCCGGUGCAGGACAGGGAGAGUUGCGCAGUUUGUGGUAAACAAGGACAUCGCAAAGAUAAGUGUUAUUUUAGAUCAUAUUCUUGUAAUUUUUGCAAAGUUCAGGGUCAUUUAUCUAAUGUUUGUCCCCAAAAACAAAAUAGAAAUAGAUAUAGUCAUAAUUAUUUGCGAAGUGAUAAUAAUGUUGAGAACAAAAGUAACCUUUUGAACAAUGACUUGGAUGAUCUUCAAUUAUAUAGUAUAAAUGAGAAAAUGGAAAACACCCCUUUUACUAUUGAAGUAAAUAUAGAAUCUCAUAAAAUUGUUUGCCAAAUCGAUUCAGGGGCUAGUGUUUCCUGCAUGUCUGAAAAUGUAUUUUCGAAACUUUACGCACAUGAUCAUACGUUGAAGUCUUCUGACCAAUGUUUGCAUUUCUAUAAUGGUACCAAAGUAAAACCGUUGGGAAUUUUUCGUGCAAACGUAGAAUUCAGAAAUAUCAAAAAUAACAUAGAUUUUUAUGUUUUCAAAAAUGGAGGUCCGCCAAUAGUUGGAAGAGAUUUUUUAAUAACAUACAAUAUGGGAAUUGUAGACAAUGUGAAUUUCGUGAAUGAUAGAGCUGAAGGUAUAGUCAAUGAAUUUUUUGAGGUAUUUUCUGAUGGGUUAGGAAAGUUUUCAAAAGGAGUUGUAACUAUUAACCUGAAGGAUAGUGAUGUUAACCCUAAGUUUUAUAGAGCUAGACCUGUACCUUACGUUUUAAAAUCCAAAAUAGAAGACGAAAUCAAUAGACUUGUUUCUUUAGGUGUUCUGUAUCCAGUUGAUUAUAGCGAAUGGGGAACUCCAGUCGUACCAGUAUUGAAGAAAAAUGGAUCAUUGCGUCUUUGUGGAGACUACAAAGUAACUAUCAACCCGCAUAUUGAAGUUGACCAACAUCCUCUGCCGAGAAUUGAUGAUCUGUUCAAUUGUCUACAGGGUGGAGUAAAAUUUUCAAAACUGGACCUGUCUGAUGCUUACCAACAGAUAGGCUUAGAUGAAAGUUCUAAAGAGCUCACCACAAUUGUUACUCAUAAGGGCUUAUACAGGUACAAUAGAUUAACAUACGGAAUUGCGUCAGCACCUGCUAAGUUUCAAAAAAUAAUGGAAUCGCUUUUCACUGGUUUAGAAGGUGUCGUAGUAUUUUUGGAUGAUGUGUUGAUAACUGGAAAAGAUGAUAAUGAACAUUUGGAAAGAUUGAGAGUAGUUUUAACAAUUCUAAAAAAUUCAGGUUUGAAAGUAAGUCGUCCUAAAUGCAAAUUCUUUCAGGAUAGUAUUGAGUAUCUAGGUUAUAUAAUUGAUAAGGAAGGUUUGCAUACCAGUGAAUCAAAGACAGUAGCUAUUAAAAAUGCGGAAGCACCAACCAAUGUGAGUGAACUCAAAUCGUUCUUGGGAAUGGUGAACUACUAUGGUAGAUUCAUCCCAAAUUUGUCAACUAUAUUACAUCCGUUAUAUGAGUUAUUGAAAAAAGACAAAAAAUGGGAUUGGUCUGACAAUUGUCGAAAAGCUUUCGAGCAGAUUAAAUCCUUCUUAGCUUCUCCUCGAGUUCUAGUACAUUUUGACCCUCUUAUGAAAAUAAAACUGACAGUUGAUGCUAGUCCAUACGGAGUAGCAGCGGUGUUGAGCCAUAUUCUUCCUACAGGGAUAGAUAGGCCAAUUGCCUUCGCUUCUAGAACACUUUCCAACAGUGAAAAAAAUUAUUCCCACAUAGAAAAAGAAGGUUUGGCGAUAAUAUUCGCGGUAUUGAAAUUUCAUCAGUAUUUAUACGCAAAUAAAUUCAAAUUAGUAACAGACAAUAAAGCAUUGAUCUCAAUUUUUGGUCAGCAUAAACCCAUUCCACAAUUUUCGGCCAACAGACUUAGACGUUGGGCCGUGAUACUAUCUAACUAUCAAUAUGAAAUAGAAUAUGUCGAAUCGAAAAAGAAUAAUGCAGAUGCGUUAUCCAGGCUAUUAAAGAAUCAUUCAGAAAACGAUACUCUAAGUAUCGAGGAUAAAGAGGUAAACUAUUGCAAUUUUUUAUCAAAUAGUGACGAAUUACCUAUGAACUAUAAUCAAAUUGUACGCGAAACGAAACAGGAUGAGUUAAUUGCUAAAAUAAUUAGGUUAGUGAAAACAGGAUGGCCUAGAUAUAUCAAUGAUGUAGAUAUUAAACCGUUUUUUUCUAGACGCUUUGAGUUCUCGGUGGUUGAUAAUUCUCUUUAUUGGAACCAUAGAAUUAUUAUCCCGAGCAAGCUACGAUCGGUGUUCUUAAAAUCUCUUCAUCAAACACAUUUUGGAAUUGUUAAAAUGAAAAAUAUAGCUAGAUCGCACUUCUGGUGGCCGAAUUUAGAUAAGGAAAUCGAAGAUACGGUUAAAAAGUGUCAUAGUUGUUCCAAAGUUGCGGGUAAUCCCCCAAAGGUUCCGUUGGCCAAUUGGUCUUGGCCAAAGGAAGUGUGGGAGAGAUUGCAUAUUGACUAUUUGGGACCAAUCGCAGGAAAAUAUUAUUUAAUUAUACUUGACGCCCAUUCGAAAUGGCCCGAAGUUUUUGAGACUUCUUCUACUAACACAGAAAUAACAAUAAAAAUUUUGAAACAAAUUUUUGCAAGAUUCGGUUUACCAGUAACCUUAGUUUCGGAUAAUGCCACAUAUUUCAAGUCCUCUGACUUCGAAUUGUUCUUAACCAACAAUAAUAUUUCACACAAAACGAUACCCCCAUUUCAUCCACAAUCUAAUGGUGCUGCCGAAAAUUCUGUAAAGUUGUUCAAAAAUUCUUUGAAAAAGGCUUUUGUUGAAGGACACCCUGUGGACACGAAUACAGUUCUUUGCAGAUUCUUGUUGGACUAUCGUACUACAAAGCACUGUACGACUGGAGAAACUCCAGCAAAAAUUAUGUUUGGUCGUAAUAUAAGGACAAGGUUUGAUGCCAUACUGUAUAAACCGUCUAGUGUAUUGCGAAAUAGAGUUUUGGAAGCUCAAGAUAGACAAAAGAAAUAUUUCAAAGGCAAUAACCAUGUCCAAUUCUUAGUUGGUGAUACUGUUUUAGUAAAAGAUUAUCGCGAUCAAAAUAAGCCAACCUGGAUUAAAGGCAUCAUUCAGAAGAAAAUUGGUAGAGUAACUUUUCUUGUGUAUAUCCCGGAGUUAGAAAAAAAUUGGAAAAGACAUGCAAAUCAAUUAAAAAAAUCUCUACCAGAUAUAAGUUAUCCGAAUAAGAGUACAGUUGCUGAAACAGUGACUCCAAACAAUGAUAAUACAACUGUUACUAAUGAAAUUGUACCAACUAGACCCAAGCGUGUGGCUAAGCCACCUGAACGCUAUCAAGCUUCUUAA